AUGCUACAGAUCAGCAGGUUGCCGUCUCGAUGCCUCGUGUCGGGCCUUCACGAACAAAUUCUGCAGUCGUCUGUGUGGUCGGCUGCGUGGUUGCGCAACGCGGAGGUUGAGGCGGCGCGUUCGCAGAACAUUACCCUCUACCAGCUCAUGCAACGCGCCGGAGAGGCGGCAUUUAACGUCUUUCGUCGAGAGUAUCCUGCUUCGAAGCACUGGCUGAUUCUCUGCGGCAGCGGUAACAAUGGUGGUGAUGGCUUUGAGAUUGCGCGCCUUGCCCUAAACGCCAACAUACGCGUGACGGUUGUGGCGGUGAAGGCAUCAAAGUCGCUUCCGCCAGAGGCGACUGCUGCACAAGCGGCAUUGCUGAAGCGCGGUGGUGCCACUGUUCAUGAAGCACAGGCCUGGAUGGGGAAUGCCGUGGCUAACGAUGUGGAUUUGGUGGUGGACGGGCUGCUGGGCACUGGGAUUGGUGGCGCACCGCGUGAUGAUUACGCGCGAUUGAUUGAGCACAUCAACUCUCUCCAUGCUCCUCGCGUGGCCAUCGAUAUUCCGUCCGGACUAAACGCCGAAACAGGAGCCGUGGAUGGGGCGUGUGUGCGCGCUGAGCACACCGUCUCAUUCAUUGCGUUGAAACCGGGCCUUUUCACCGGUCGCGCGCGAGACUUUGUGGGGAGGCUGCAUUACAACUGCCUUCAGCUCGGGGAGUGGAUGCUGGCGGCGGAGCGUCAGCAGGAGAAGCUUUGCUGCCGCCUCACGAGCUCGCACCUUCAGCUGCUUCUUUCCCAACCCCGAUCGCCGUGCUCACACAAGGGCGUUAACGGUAAGGUGGUUCUUGUUGGGGGUGAUGUGGGCUUUGGCGGGGCGAUUGUGAUGGCCGCUGAGGCGUCACUGCGCACCGGCGCUGGCCUCGUGCGCGCUGUGACACGUGCGGAGCACGCGCUGCCGCUGAUGUGUCGCUGCCCGGAGGUGAUGACGGAAGCCAUGACGGAGUCAAAUCUACAGGAGGCGCUGGAGUGGGCCACAUGUGUCGCGGUAGGGCCGGGACUGGGGCAGCGUGAGUGGGGCAAGCAAGCUCUUGCGCAGGUGCUCGCAUACUGUCAGCAGCACCCCGAAAAACCGUCCGUGUGGGACGCGGACGCCCUGAACAUCAUUUCAGCGCAUCAGCAGGGACCACCUGUGCGUCUCAAUAGUCGCAUCAUAACGCCCCAUCCAGGAGAGGCGGCGCGGAUGCUGCACUGCAGCGUCAAAGAUGUGGAGCGGGAUCGCAUUCGUGCAGCAAAAGAACUGGCCGCCAGGUACGGUGGGAUAGCGCUGCUGAAAGGCCCUGGUACUGUGCUGCAUGCGGCAGAGGAUGUGGAUAUUCAUGGUGUUUCGGAAAGAGCAACAUCAGGGGACGUGUGCUCGCUGCGAUGCGCGAUUGCGGAUGUGGGCAACAGUGGCAUGGCGACAGGUGGGAUGGGUGAUGUGUUGACAGGUGUCAUUGCGGGACUCCUUGCACAGCAGCUGCCUUUGUGGCACGCAGCAUGUACAGGGUGUGUAGUGCAUGGCACCGCAGCCGAUCUUGCCGCCACCACACAGGGUGGGGUGCGAGGACUGACAGCAACUGCGCUCUUUCAACACAUACCCACUUGUGUGAACCCAUGUGAGGGAUGGAAGAGCGCGUGUCUGUGA